AGAUGAAGAAGAGGAAUAAAACGUAGAAGAAGAAGAAGAAGAAGCUGGCGGGGGAGUUUGUGCAUUGUGUGUAGUUUUAAUGUUUGCAAAUAUGUUAGAGCGCUUCAUUUGACAAAAAUCACGUUUUUAAUAAACAGCAGUAAAUUACACUGUGUUGUACAGCUUUUAAAUACACGAGUCCACUGUCGUUUGUUGUCCGUGGACAUAAUUGGUACUAAACCGCGACACAUGUCGAGUGAACCGAAGCGAUUGUGCACCGAAAAUAUGAAAAUCGGAACCCACAACGGCACGUUUCACUGCGACGAGGUCCUAGCCUGUUUUUUCCUUCGACAGCUCCCCCAGUACAAGGAUGCUGAAAUCAUUCGGACCAGGGAUCCUGCAGAACUUGCGAAAUGUGAUGUUGUCGUUGACGUUGGGGGGGAGUAUGAUCCAAAGAGUCACCGCUAUGACCACCAUCAGAGGUCUUUUGCAGAGAGCUUCCACAGUCUGUGUCCAGAAAAGCCGUGGGUGAGUAAACUGAGUUCGGCAGGAUUGAUCUACGUCCACUUUGGUCGUCAGGUGCUAGUCCAACUGACACAGCUGAAGGAGGAUGACAGGCAGCUGGAGGUACUCUUUGACAAGUUGUAUGAGAACUUUGUGGAGGAGGUGGAUGCUGUAGACAAUGGCAUUUCACAGUGCGAUGGGGAGGCUCGCUACACCAUCUCCACCACGCUGAGCUCACGUGUCGGCCAUCUGAACCCACGCUGGAACAGCGAGAGUCAGGACACUGAGGAAGGUUUCAGGAAGGCUAUGGUGAUGGUUGGUGAUGAGUUUAAAGACCGUCUAGACUAUUACCGGUCGUCCUGGUUACCAGCACGUACAAUCCUGGAGGAGGCUGUUAAGAAGAGGCAUCAGGUAGAUGCCAGUGGGGAGGUGAUACUUUUGUCCCAGGGCGGUUGUCCCUGGAAGGAUCAUCUGUUUGUUCUGGAGAAGGAGCUCAAGGUGGAGACGCCCAUCAAGUUUGUUCUUUACCCAGACCAGAAUGGAAAGUGGCGUGUCCAAUGUGUUCCCGCUGGGCUCAACACACUUCCAGAACAGAUUGUCCCUACUCGAAGAGUGGCGCGGCGUACGUGAUGAAGCUCUGUCGGAGCUCAGUCAGAUUAAAGGCUGCAUCUUCGUCCAUGCUGCAGGCUUUAUUGGCGGGAACCAGACCCAGGAAGGA